AUGCCUCUGAAACAACACGGUCGUGACUACGACAUUGUCGUCUAUGGAGCCUCAGGCUACACCGGCAAAUACACAGCCCAACACAUCGCCACGCACCUACCCACCACCCUGAAAUGGGCCGUAGCCGGCCGCUCCCGCUCCAAGCUCGAAGCCGUCGUGUCUCGGCUCCAAGAACUCAACCCGGACCGGCUCCCGCCCUCCAUCGAGAUCGUCUCCUCCGCCACCGACCGCACCGCCCUCGAAUCCCUCUGCCGCCGGACCUUCAUCCUGCUCACCACCGUCGGACCCUAUGGCUCCCUAGGCGAACCCGCCUUCGCCGCCUGCGCCACCACCGGCACGCACUACUUUGAUGUGACAGGCGAAGUCCCCUUUGUCCACAAGAUGAUCACCAAAUACUCUUCCUUGGCCGCGCAGUCCGGAGCCAAAAUGUUUCCCCAAAUCGGCAUCGAAUCCGCCCCCUCCGACUUACUCACCUGGUCCCUUUCGCAACAACUCAAGCGCGAGUUCGGUCCCGCAACAAAAACAGGCGAAGUGACGCUGAGCAUCCACACCCUGCGCUCUGCUCCUUCGGGCGGCACACUAGCAACAGUCUUCACCAUUCUCGAGACCUUUUCUCUCAAGCAGUUGAAGGAAGCAUAUAAACCCUACGCUUUAAGUCCCGUCCCGCAUCCGAACCCAGACCUCGCCGAACGGCGCACCACGUGGAUCACCAAGGUAACUGGCUUAGCGACCACCCCCAUUCUGGGGCUGGGAACGACGUCGGUAGCAGCCAAGACGGACGCGGCGAUCGUGCAGCGCACUUGGGGUUUGCUUUCGCAGGCAAGUACCAACAAGGGGAAAGCAGAAGAAGACGAGAGUUAUGGUCCCCGGUUUAGCUUUAAGCAGUACAUGAAACCCCGGAACUGGUUGAGCGGAGUGGCUAUCCAUUUGGGGUUGAUGGUGUUGGGACUAGUCAUGGCUACGCCGUUUUUGAGGAAGAUAGCCAAGAGGUUUGUCUAUCAGCCGGGCGAGGGAGCGGAGGAGGAAGUGGCGAAGCGGGAUGAGUUGGAGUAUUGGGGGGUUGCGAAGCCUGAUUUUGGUGUUGAUGAAGUAAAGGAGAAAGAGGAGGGGAACAAGAGGGCGUUUGGACGGUAUACCGGCGUCUUGUUGGCUGAGGCGGCUGCCACGUUGCUUGAGGAGGAGAGCGUGGAUGAACAGCUUGGUGGUGGUGGGAUUUACACGCCUGCUUGCUUGGGACAGCCGUUCAUUGACAGGUUGGACAAGGCUGGGUUCCAUUUUGAGACGAAGAUCAUGGAAGAAUAA